ACUGGGUCUCUCCUCUUCUCCUCACGCGACGAAAUCCCCGCCUCCUUCUCUCCACACGCCUUACCCCUCUCUCUCUUCCUCUCCUCCUGCAGAUCAGGUCCCCUCACAAUGUCAACAACCGAGGCCCGCGACGCUGCCAUCCGAGAUGCAAAGCGUUAUGUUCGCGACACCGUCCGCAACGACUGGGUCUUCGAGCCCUCGGCCGAACCAGGAGCCCCUCCAUUUUCGUCUCCUCCCACCCCCGAGCAAGAUGUCCUGGAAUGGCGUCUGCGCGAAUACGACAGCUCCGGCUCCGAACUAGAACCACAGUCUUCCCCCACCAUCGGCCCUGCAGGUGGACAGCAGCACCCUGGCUACAAUCCUUCCGAGCUCUCCAGCCCGCUCGGGACUCCGCUAGGUGACGAUUCAGACCGGAGGCGCAAACGGCGACGUCAGAUGGAGGAGGAGAUGCAGUGGAACCAGGGCCUACGAGUGUGGGUUGAGCGUCGGGACGCAUGGUCGGGGGCUCUCUCAAAGGAAGAGAUUCGGGCCAGGGAGUCGAAAACCCAGCAGACUACGGCUGUGACGCCUACAGCAUCCUCCUCGGAACAACCGCAGAAUGUAGCUGCGAAUACUGCGGCUGCGGCUGCCACUCUCCCCCUCUCCUCGUCACCAUCCAAUUCCCAGAACGAGCUCGCUCUGCGAACGGAAGCAUCUCUCAGCAUCGCCGAGAACGAUGGCUCGCUCCCACGACCACCAUCUCGCGGCGAGGAACCCUCCACCGCAGCAGAGCAACCACCCCCACCUCCCCCCGCUGGAGAUGAUGCGCAACGAGAAACCACCACCUCUGCCGAAACCCUGAUCACUGAACCGGACUCUACCCAUCAGCCUAGCAGCGAAGAUCCCCUCAUCCCCGUCGUACCAUCUCUCAUCUCCAACACCAACCCCGUUCGCGCCUCCAUCACCCCAGCUAUGUAUCCCUCCAUCUACUCUAAAGUCGUGGUCCAGGGACUCACUCCCACCGUGCCGAUCAACCUCGCAGAUGUGACUAAAGCCAUGGUUCAAGGAUGGAAAUCCGACGGUCAAUGGCCACCAAAACCCACCUCGAUUGUGCUGCAGGAUACCGCGACAGUGCGUCGCAAGCCCGAGGAGUCUGCAGCCGCAGACAAGCCGCCGUCGUCACCAGAGUCAAAAAGACGCUCUGGGGUAGCGAGUGCAGUGCGCAAGGUCUUUCACUUCUCGGGCUUCCAUCCCCAUCACCCGUUCCAUCGGAGAGGAUCAAGCAGUCAACAGAACGAUGGGGGUGCCGGCGGUGCAGAUGGAGGCGUGAAUACUUAGCCUUAAUGCUGCUACAGAUCAAUAGCCUUGCGAUUGCCUCAUGGCAGAGGUACGGUACUGUGGUAUGGUAUGUAAAUAAAGCCUGUCCUCAGUUCUUUUACGAGCCACGACAGCGGCUCGUUUUCUUUUUCCCAACUUUAUCAUGCAUGACUCUUACUCAGCACCUUUGUCAUUGCUGCCGCUGAUGUCCCCUCCUCCGGCCCUCUUACCUCCAUCCCCCAAUUCUUCCUCCUACCACCCACUUAACCAAACGACACACACUCAUGAGACACGGGUCUGAGCUGUGCAUUUGUACGCUUACUUUUACGUUUUACGAGUACGAGGGAAAAGAAGAAAAAAAAAAAAAAAUCUCAUGAUUGACGGAAUGGAAUGAAAUAGGAUUUUCUUUUUUUUCCUUCAUACUAUGUCAUCUUUGUUUUUCUU